AUGGACGGCAGAUGGGCUCCACCGUCGCCAGAUUUAUCUUGCUCGUACUACGCCGAGCAGCCUACUCACCCCCAGCAUACAGAACACAGCGGCCCCCUCGACAACGUCGCGCCGCCCUUCCCUCCGCCCAAAACCGAUCCGCCGCUGCAGAGCGACCCUGCGCCACCGCCUCGUAUGCCUCGCGGCGUCAAGAAGGAGGAGAGCAUGCAGGAUGCAGACUACUUGCCCGACGCGUCAGUGCCCGCCAUGCCAGACGCGAGCAAUGGCGUAGGCGGGGCAGACACGCCCAACACGGACAACAUCACCAUCAAGAACCACUUCCCCGUCGCGCGCAUAAAGCGCAUCAUGCAGGCCGACGACGAUGUCGGCAAGGUCGCCCAGGUCACGCCCGUCGUUGUUUCGAAAGCGCUCGAGCUCUUCAUGAUAUCCCUCGUCACCAAAGCCGCCGCCGAAGCCAAAGCGCGCAACUCCAAGCGUGUCGGCUCCAUCCACCUCAAGCAAGCCAUCACCAAGACCGACCGCUUCGACUUCCUCAACGAGAUCGUGUCCAAGGUUGCCGAUGCGCCAGAGAAGAGUGAGGGCGACAUGGACGUAGAUGGCAAAAAGAAGAAAACUUCAAGCCGGAAAAAGAAGAAGGCAGAGAGUGAUGACGACUUUUGA